GCUGCAGGCGUGCGCGCACUGUUUGCUGCUUUAGGUGUCUCUUUUUCCUCCCUCUCUAUCUCUACUCUCCAUCAUGAAGGCGCUGAGCCCGGUACGCGGCUGCUACGAGGCGGUGUGCUGCCUGUCGGAACGUAGCCUGGCCAUUGCGCGAGGCCGCGGUAAGAGCCCGUCGGCCGAGGAGCCUCUUAGCCUCUUGGACGACAUGAACCACUGCUACUCACGCCUGCGGGAACUGGUGCCGGGAGUCCCGCGAGGCACUCAGCUUAGCCAGGUGGAAAUCCUGCAGCGUGUCAUAGACUACAUCCUCGACCUUCAGGUGGUCCUGGCAGAGCCGGCGCCUGGACCCCCGGACGGUCCGCAUCUCCCGAUCCAGACAGCUGAGCUCACUCCAGAACUUGUGAUCUCCAAGGACAAGAGGAGCUUUUGCCACUGACCCGGUCGUCCUGGCACCUCCCGAACGCAGGUGCUGGCGCCCGUUCCGCUUGGGACCCUGAGACUCUGGGACCCUCUCUCCAGCCGGAAGCCUGAGGGCAUGGAUGAGCUUCGAUCUUAACCCAGCCCUCUUCACUUACCCUGAACUCAACGCCUCGAGGCUGGACCUGGAGCCCGAGAGAAGGACUGAACUUGGGUGGCCUGAAGAGCUAGCACACGCUGGUCAGCAGCUGGGCAACGUCACUCUGUCCCCACCCUGACUCAAGUCUAAAAGACUGGCUUUUCCGAGAAUGGGGUGUCGAGGGUGUGGGGGGAUGCGAGUGGCUGCCCUGCGCACUCUGCCAAGGCAGCAUAAGAGCUGGUCUUCUGGAAAAGCUCUGCUGCCCUGAUUAUGAACUCUAUAAUAGAGUAUAUAGCUUUUGUACCUUUUUUACAGGAAGGUGACUUUCUGUAAUCAUGUGAUGUAUAUUAAACUUUUUAUAAAAGUUAACAUUUUGCAUAAUAAACCAUUUUUGAACACUUUG